AUGAAUAUUCUGCUGAAAGAAGCGAUUAGUGCGGUUCGAGUGAGUGAAGUAAUGCACGUGUUGAGGGAUGCACACGUGGUAGCCAUUGAUGAAGGGCAGUUUUUUGAUGAUAUUGCCGAAUGUGCUGAAAGUCUGGCAAAUCAAGGCAAAAUUGUCAUCAUUUCUGCUCUAGAUGGGGAUUUCUGUCGAAAGCGAUUCAAGAACAUUCUAGAUGUUUGCCCAUUGUCAGAAAACAUAACAAAACUGAACGCAGUAUGUGUGAGUUGUGGCAACGAUGCUGCCUUCACGAGACGUCUUACAGCUGAUAAUGAU